CGCCGAAUCUCUGUCCGACUCUCGCGAAAAAAUGGACGAGUGGUUCCAAGAAGAGGGAAUUUAUUAUGAUGAAUUUCAAGCGGUUGGGGACGACGUGGAUAUAUACAACCAACGGUAUUAUGUUGAUCAAGGGCCUAGUGAUCCAACCGUGUUGUACGACCAACCCAACCAUCGUUCAAGGGAUGUUUGGAACGAUCAC